AAAAUAUGAACAAAGAGAGUGUGACCCUCAUCGUUCUUCUCUUCUUAAAAUUUACGAACGCGGACAUUGAUUGUAGCUACAAAGGAGACAUGUGUAAAGUGGAAGUCGAAGAUUGCUUGAAGAAAAAACUUUACGAUGGCGAUAUGACAGACUGUGCUGGUAUUUCACAUCAAGAUCUUUUCAUAUCUCGAGAUGACGUCAAGUUUUGGAUUGACAUUUAUGAAAAAGGGGACUACGCACAGAAUUUGACGUAUACGAUUAUUUCAGAAAUUGGAGAAAAUUGGCGCAGUGUUGGAGAUUGUUGCCGAAUGACCCCAACUAGUACUUGCAUGUUGCCGAAGAGGAAAAAGGACGAAGUAUUUUUUAUUUACCUGCCAAUGAGAAAAUCUGGACAUUAUUGUGAAUUACAGUUGUUUGAAUAUCAAGAAGAAUUGAAAUGGUGCAGUGAAACAGAUAGAACACCAUGCAAAGAACUGGUUCGUGGUAUUAUAUCGAUCAAAGGAAUUUACCAACCCCUCUCAACCGACAGUUUUUAUCCUCCCGUCGAUUUUUGCUUUUUCCACGCCCCUUCUGACUUUGCACAAACUGGCAAUGAAUCACACAGUGAAUUUUCUCGAGACGUUGAAGGGAUUGAAAAAGACGAAAACCAAAACAGCGUUCUUGUUGGGAAAACAUUGAAGAGAUGCGAUCUAUUAGAAAAUAUUACAGCAAAAAACAUUACCGAGCAUAUUUUAUCAAGGUAUAAACGAAAUACUGAAGAGACUGUGUGUUUCUUCACACGACUAAAAGGAUAUGAUAACAAAUGGAGCUCGAAUCCAAUAUGUCAAAGAUCUUGCAACAAUGACAAAUAUUGUUACUUGGGUCAAUCCAAUGUCACGUGGAAAACACUUGUUAUAACCUUAUCAAUAUCAACCAUACUUCUCAUCAUUGUGUUUUUCACGUGGAAAUAUAGAAAAUCUGUAGCUAGAUGUAGACCUUCCUUGGAAGCUUCAAUCAAAGAGUUGCCGGAUUCAUUUGUUGCUCGUAAUACGGAAGAUUGUGCUUUUGUCGAUGAUGUUAAUUUUGAAAGUAUUCAUUACGAAUGUGUGAAAGAAAUACCAAACAAACUGAAGUCUAAAAAAAGUAUAUAUGAAAAAGAAAGCAAUGAAUUUGAUCGUUAUAUUUCUGUGCUUACGGGCUGUGAAGUCAUGAACACAACCGAGGAAGAAGUCGAUCUUAUAUCAAAACCAAGCGAAACUUCUGCUGAUGUUCACCAACUACAAGAUAAAAUUAAAAAUAGAGAUAUCGCACACAUGCUUCAUUCAGACGAUGUAUCAUGGGAUCAGCAAGAUUCUGGAAAUGAAACUGGUAUUGUAGAUUCGCAUUGCAGCAGCUUCAAAUGUCCUCGGGCAUCAGAAAAAAAUACGAACACCGACUCUGGUUUUUCGGAAUCCAGCAAAAGAAGUUCAUCGGAUUGUGACAAUAUAUCCCAAACCGGGCUGAGCUGCGUUAUUGAGGCUGAAAUCGAUGAAAACGAGGCCAGUUUUGUUACAAAUUAUUACACGUUAUCUGAAAUAGAAGAUUACACAAAUGGCAACUACAUGGAAAAGAGUGCGUUUCUAACAAUCCCUGAUGCAGAAAUUCGGCCUGUAGGCAAUGAUGUGAUUUCUCGUCGACAACGGAAGUCAUCAUCAAGUUCAGGUUGCGUGAGCUUUGGUGAUGAUAAUUGUUCUUUGGAAUCGUCAAUCGAAGAUAAUACGGACAUCGUUGCAGACGAUGAAAAAUUAGAUCUAGUUCGCGAAACUCUUAAUAUCGAUACAAUCGAUAAUGUAAAAAUUUCAUUGCGAUCUACAGAAAUCCCGGGGUGCUACGUUGAAAAAUAACCUCUUAUUUUACAUGCUGCUUAUCGUGUCGUCCAAAUAUAUCUACAUAUACGUCCAGAUAUUCACAAAAAAAUAUUAGGGCAAAAUAUGGUUAUUUUUUCUUGUGUAUAUUAUUGUACACGGCCCUUUUCAAUUUUAUGCUUUCAAUUUGUUUCCAUUCCUCUACGCCAUAGUACCUUUUUCUUUAGGUACCCUGUAUUACACCAUCUACAUUGGACGACAAACUUUUUCUGAUAGAAAAAUUCGUUUAAAGACAUUUUAGAAAUUUUUUCUAUUUAAUUCGAUAUUCAAUGUCCAGAAAGAAACAUCUUGAAAUUCUUUUAUCCAUGAACGAUAUAUGCGUGUGGCAUUGAUACCACCAAGUGUCUUAUGGUAUUGUUGAUAGAUCAAUUUUUAUUAAGGGAACUUAGAGAACUAUAUAUAUAAAUUUAAGAGAAAAAUCGUUGUUAAAUAAAAUUCUGGUUCCAUAGCUCUCACUUUCUACAAAAAACACAAAAUUAUUUUAUUUAUUUGAUACUGAACAGAAUAUUUUUUAAAGUUUGGUGGAAGAUUAUAUCAUAAAUUAAUCACA